AUGGAUCGAGCCGUCUCUUUUUGGAUGACCAUCCCAAUGUGCUUCCUCGAAUUCCUCUUCGGCGUCACGAUACGCGUUUCCGGUGAUGAGAUUGAGCUUGACAAGCCUGCUAUGAUUGUUAUGAAUCAUCGGACAAGACUUGAUUGGAUGUAUAUUUGGUCAGCCCUGUAUCAAAUGAAUCCAUGGCUCAUCACUUCCAAUAAAAUUUCCAUGAAAAAGGAACUAAAAUAUUUGCCUGGAGCCGGCUUUGGUAUGGCCGCAAAUCAAUUCGUAUUUUUGGAGCGAAAUAUUGAGAAGGAUCGGCAAAGUGUCGAAAACGCGAUUGAAUAUUAUGCAGAUAGCGGGAAUAGCUAUCAGAUCCUCCUAUUCCCCGAAGGAACCGAUAAAACUGAUUGGACAACAGCCAAGAGCAAUUCUUAUGCGAAGAAAAAUGGAUUAGCUCAAUUAGAAUAUCUGCUCUAUCCGCGAAUUGCUGGUUUUUAUCAUUUAUUGAACAAAAUGCGACAAGAAGAUUAUAUUACCUACAUCUACGAUAUCACCAUCGCUUAUCCAUACAAUACAGUACAAACUGAGGUUCAUUUGAUUGGAAAAGGGGAUGCGCCAAAAGAGGUCCACUUCCACAUCCAGAAAAUUCCGAUCUCAGACAUUCCCGAGAACAGAAGCGGGUGCGGGUGCCUGGUUGACAAAACUGUGGAUGGAAAAAGAGAA